CCUAAAGAAGAUAUAGUUGGUGCUAUUUACCAGGCCUCGCGCGCCUUGGCUUUCGAGCGUUGACAUUCGUUAGCCUCUUAACUUGAGAGCGGAACCCUUUGGGAGAAGACAUUGGAUCUCUAAAGAUGUCGGUGCUAGUUAGCCAAGCAGUGGCGCAGAAAUGGAAGGCGCUGUCCCGGCGUAUCGACGCAACCGACACCCCGGUCAUCGACUUCACGCGGAAGCUGAUGGCCUCCCGCAAGGACGCAAUGUCUCUUGCACAGGGCAUCGUGCACUGGGGUCCGCCACCUGUGGCACUGCAGCAGCUGGCAACGCGACUGGCCACGGAGCCGGCGGCAGUGAGCGGCUACGUGCCAAAUGAGGGCCUGCCGGCACUACGGGCGGCGUUGCGGACUAAGCUGGUGGAGCGCAACAAGCUGCACCACUACGACGUGAUUGUGACUCCCGGAUGCAACCAGGCCUUCCUGAACGCGCUCAUCGCGCUGUGUGACGACAACGACCGGGUGGCGCUGUUCCGGCCCUACUACUUCGACCACCUCAUGGCCAUCCAGAUGACGGGCGGCUCGGAGCGGCUGGUGAUCGGCGAGUGCGACCCGGACACCAUGCGGCCCUCGCUGGCCUGGCUGGAGCGCGAGCUGGCUGGACCCAGCCCGCCCAAGAUGGUGGUGCUGGUCAACCCCUGCAACCCCACGGGUGUACUGCUCAGCCGGGCCGAACUGGACGCCUUCAGCGCCGCCUGCGCCGCCGCGGGCUGCUGGCUGGUGCUUGACAACACGUACGAGGACUUCGUGUUCGCAGAGGGCGGCGAGCACUAUUGCCCCUCGGGUCCGCAAGUGGUGCACCUAUUCUCCAUGUCCAAGGCGUACGGCAUGAUGGGUUGGCGCAUCGGCUACGUGGCGUUCCCGGACUACGCCCACACCAACCCGGACGUCCCAGGGGAGGCGCCGCCCAGCAGCAGCAGCAGCAGCAGCAGCAAUGGGUCGGGGCAGCAGCCGCUGACGGCGCCGGGCGCUCUGGCCAUGGCGCAGCUCAAGGUCCAGGACGCGGUGUGCAUCUGCGCGCCGGCGCCCAGUCAGGCCCUGGCACUGGAGGCACUGGGGGCGGAGGGGCGGCAGUACGUGGACGCGCUCAUAGCGCCGCUGAAGGCGAACCGCGACCUGCUGCGUGCCGCCCUGGCCCCCCUGGAGCCGCACGUGGCGGGCGGCGAGGGCGCCAUCUACCUGUGGGCGCGCCUGCCCCUCGGCCGCGGCUGCGAGGACGACCGCGCGGUGGUGACGUGGCUGGUGCAGCAGGCGGGCGUGUGCGUCAUCCCGGGCUCUGCCUGCGGCAUGCCAGGCUACAUCCGCUGCUCCUACGCAAACCUGCCGCCCGCACAGUUCCCCGCCGCCGUGUCGCGCCUGCGGGCGGGGCUCGAGCACCUGGUGGCGCACGGCAUGACCGCCAUGCCGCAGCAGCACUAGGCAGCAGGGGGGCAGCUGUAGUCGAGCAAUGGUGCUGGAGAUCGGCGCCCUGGGGUAGAAUGAAUGGCUGGAUGUGAGUUGCUGGGUGUGUGAUGUACAUUGGAGGUCUCACGGAGUCGGUACGGGUUUGUAAUGCUUGGGGAUAGUGUGGGGGUAGUGCACUUAGGCCAUUUGACUGGCCUGGUCUGAGUGAUUGCCUGACCGGCUUGUGCCUCAUCACCUUGCGCACGGCAGGGCAUGCCAGUUGAGUUAUGGGUCCACGCUUGAUGUGUCUGAGAGGGUUAGGCCUAGAGUGCUGGACUGCAUGGACACUACAGGCCAAGGGCAAGGUUGUGCUGGGACACAUCUGGGGGUAAAAUUUGAGGACGUCCCGUGGAAAUCGCUAUGCAGGGUCAGGGCGAAAGCGGUCCGCUGGAACUUUACCCCAUGCGUGAAAACUAUAGCGCUCAAUGCGAGCGUUCAGGAUCUGCUUUUAAACUUCAAGUUUCUUCAUUGCUGAUAUCGGGACGAGCCUAUGGGCCAAACGCAGCACAAAAAUGAUGCAAACAGAUGCCAACAUGCUUGCAGUGAGCUUGAGAGUUGAGACCAGGGUUGCACCGUGCUAGCCUCCCAGCGGAUAAUAUGCGCACUGACACUACCGGUAGUACGCAGCUUACCUUGUACGAUACGUCAAAAUACGCUUAUGAUGUUCUGGGGCGCAAGGGCUAGUACCCAUAACACGCGGCGCCAAAGCGGCCAAACCCACAGAUGUCAGGGUGUCGGGAUGUAAGGAUGUUGCGCAUGGGAUGUCGAGUCAGUUUCAAGCCGUUCUCGCGCUUUCUGAUAGUAGGCAACACGCUUUGUUAAUGACGAGGCCAUCAAUCGCGACAAGCAGCUGAAACCAGUAUGGAAGCGUGUGCUGCUGUCCCAGCUCAGCCCAC